ACUUCUGCGGAUUCACUCAUCCACCUUUCCUCCGGUUCCCAGUGUCUGAGUGCAGGAGGGGCGCGAGGAGCCGGGAGUCAUGGAUAAAGCCUGAAAGCACGCGCGGCGCGAGCGAUGGGAUUACUGUGAGAGGUGCUGUGUUUUUGCUGUGGGGAUCUGAAGUUAAAGGAUUGGUCUGUGGGUCUGUGGCGUGGAGAGAAAGAGAGAGAGAGAGAGAUACAGUGGUGGAUGCGCGUGCUGUCAGGAGAGAGAGGCACUGCUGCAAUGCUCACUCACUCCACUGUUCCGGAGCUCUGUGGAAGAGAGAUGCUGGAAUGAAGUCGAGCACUAUGGGGUUUUCCAGGUUGGUACUCCUGACUCUUCCAGCACUCCUGACCCUGGUGAGCGUCGCCUACGCGGCCGAGAAAGUGCCCAUCCUGAACAUUGCAGUGAUCCUGGGGCGAACGCGCUACAUUUCGGACAGAGAUAUACGCGCUCUGUGGAGCAAGGACGACCCCAUCGACGUCAAUGUGGUCACCCUGCUGGUCAACGAGACGGAUCCCAAAAGCAUCAUCACUCAUGUGUGCGACCUCAUGUCCGGGACUAAAAUCCACGGCGUGGUGUUCGGGGACGGCACCGACCAGGAAGCCAUCGCCCAGAUUUUGGAUUUUAUUUCCUCCCAGACGUUGAUACCCAUCCUGGGGAUCCACGGCGGCUCCUCCAUGAUCAUGGCCGACAAGGACGUCAAGUCAACCUUCUUCCAGUUUGGCGCUUCUAUCCAGCAGGAGGCGCUGCUGAUGCUGAACAUCAUGGAGGAGUACGACUGGCACGUGUUCUCCAUUGUGACCAGCAAGUUCCCCGGCUACCAGGACUUCAUCACCAUCCUGAAGACCACGGUGGACAACAGUUUCGUGGGCUGGGACCUGCAGAACACCAUCACGCUGGACGCGGUGGACGCCGACUCGCGCUCCCAGAUCCAGCUGAAGAGGGUGCAGUCGCCCGUCAUCCUGCUCUACUGCUCCAAGGACGAGGCCGUCUACAUAAUGGAGGAGGCUCGAUCUCUGGGGCUAACGGGCUUUGGAUAUAUCUGGAUUGUGCCGAGUCUGACCACGGGCAACCCGGACAUCACGCCAGACGAGUUUCCUUCUGGAAUGAUCUCCGUCUCCUAUGACGACUGGGACUACCCUCUGGAGGCUCGGGUGCGAGACGGGCUGGGGAUUAUAACUACGGCUGCUUCGGCUAUGCUGGAGGAGUUCGGAGACAUUCCCGAAGCCAAGACCAGCUGCUACGGACAAAUGGAGAAGGCCAAGCUACCUCCAAGCGCUCUGCACAAGUACAUGAUGAACGUGACCUGGGACGGCAGGGAUUUAUCCUUCACUGAGGACGGAUAUCAGGAGCAUCCCAAACUGGUGGUCAUCGUGCUGAAUAAGGACAGAGAAUGGGAGAAGAUGGGGAAGUGGGAGAACCGCAGCCUGACUCUGAAGUAUCCGGUCUGGCCUCGCUUCAACUCGUUCGGAGACGCCGAGACGGACGAUAAUCACCUGACCAUCGUCACUCUGGAGGAGAAGCCCUUCGUCAUCGUGGAGGACGUGGAGCGCCUGACGGGAACCUGCAUGCGCAACUCCGUCCCCUGCAGGAAACACAUCAAAGACAACACCACUGAGGGUGGAGGAACGUACAUUAAAAAGUGCUGCAAGGGCUUCUGCAUCGACAUCCUGAAGAAAAUCGCCAGGAACGUCAAGUUCACCUACGAUCUUUACCUGGUGACCAACGGAAAACACGGAAAAAAGAUCAACAACGUGUGGAACGGCAUGGUGGGAGAGGUGGUGUAUAAGAAAGCCGUCAUGGCCGUGGGCUCGCUGACGAUCAAUGAGGAGCGCUCGGAGGUCAUCGAUUUCUCCGUUCCCUUCGUGGAAACCGGCAUUAGUGUGAUGGUGUCUCGCAGCAACGGCACCGUCUCCCCCUCAGCCUUUCUGGAGCCGUUCAGUGCGUCGGUGUGGGUGAUGAUGUUCGUGAUGCUGCUGUUGGUCACCGCUAUGGCCGUCUUCAUGUUUGAGUAUAUCAGUCCUCUAGGAUUCAACAGGAACUUGGCCCAAGGCAAAGACCCCCACGGACCCUCCUUCACCAUGGGGAAGGCAGUGUGGCUGCUUUGGGGCCUGGUUUUCAACAACUCUGUGCCCGUGCAGAAUCCCAAAGGCACCACCAGCAAGUUCAUCGUGUCCGUCUGGGCCUUCUUCGCCGUCAUCUUCCUGGCCAGCUACACUGCCAACCUGGCUGCUUUCAUGAUCCAGGAGGAGUUUGUGGACCAAGUGACCGGGCUGAGUGACAACAAGUUCCAGAGCCCAUACUCCUACUCUCCUCCUUUUCGAUUUGGGACAGUCCCCAACGGCAGCACAGAGAGGAACAUCCGCAAGAACUACCCAGACAUGCACCAGUACAUGGUCAAAUACCACCAGACCGGGGUGAACGACGCACUGGUCAGCCUGAAGACGGGCAAACUGGACGCCUUCAUUUACGACGCAGCCGUGCUGAACUACAUGGCUGGGAGGGAUGAGGGCUGUAAGCUGGUGACCAUCGGCAGCGGCUACAUCUUCGCCACCACGGGUUACGGGAUCGCUCUGCAGAAAGGCUCCGCCUGGAAGCGGCAGGUGGACCUGGCCAUCCUGGCCAUCAUUGGUGACGGUGAGAUGGAGGAGCUGGAGGCGCAGUGGCUGACUGGGAUCUGCCACAACGAGAAGAAUGAGGUGAUGAGCAGCCAGCUGGACGUGGACAACAUGGCCGGAGUGUUCUACAUGCUGGCCACCGCUAUGGGCCUCAGCCUCAUCACCUUCGUGUGGGAGCACCUGUUCUACUGGAGGCUUCGCUACUGCUUCACCGGGGUGUGUUCAGGCAAACCCGGCCUGCUCUUCUCCAUCAGCAGGGGUAUCUGGAGUUGCAUUCACGGCGUCCACAUUGACAUGAAGAAAAAGUCUUCCGAUCUGGAUUUCAGUCCUCAGGCCAACAUGCUGAAGCUUAUAAAGUCGGCUAAGCAGAUGACCAACAUGACCAAUCUCAGUGGAUCCAGGGUGAAUUCACCUAAACGUGCCGGAGAAUUCAUGCACUCGGCCGGACCCAUGAUCAUGGAUCUGAUGUCUGAAAAAGGGAACUUUGUGUACACUGACAACCGCAGCUAUGCCCAGAAAGAUAUUUAUGGAGACUCCAGCGACAUCCAGUCCUACUUGGCCAACCGCCACAAAGACCACCUGAACAACUACAUCUUCCAAGGCCAGCACCCCCUCACUCUAAACGAAUCUAACCCCAACACCGUGGAAGUUGCUGUGAGCGCGGAUGCAGCUCAGACAGCUGCCAAGCCCAGGGCUCUGUGGAAAAAGUCUGUGGAUACAGUGCGGCAAAGCCAGGGACCCGACACUUUAGCCCCUGACCCCCGUCUGUCCAUGAAGAGCCAGCGCUACCUUCCAGAGGAGGCGGCCCACUCCGACAUCUCCGACUGCUCCAGCAGGGCCACCUCGUACAAGGAUCCUGAUAACAACAAGCACCUGAAGCCCAAGGACAACUUAAAAAAAAGAUCGAUGACGUCAAAAUACCCUAGGGAUUGCAGCGAAGUGGAGCUGUCCUACUUAAAAAAUAAGCAGGGCGGAUCUGGCCGAGAAAAAAUCUACACCAUAGACUCUGACCGGGAGCUGAGCCUGCACUCGGAUCCACUGCACUACAGAGAAAGCAGAGGCCUGGCGGCCGACGAUUUGGAUUUCCCUGAAAUUUACUCCGACCACAACGACAAUUAUAGAAAAUGCGACCAGCCCAUCAUCCAUCUCAACAGCAGUCCCCUUCAUCACACUGAUGCCGACCUCCUGCCUGACAAUGCAUACAACAAACACUACAGCGUAAAAGAUAAGAACGCUAGUCCGCACGAGAGCAACGACCGCUUCAAACAAACCCACUGUCGAAGCUGCUUGUCCAAGGUCCCUAAUUACCCCACAGGACCCUACGCACCCAUGCGUUCACCCUACAACCGCUGCGAAGCCUGCUUACACAUGGGCAAUCUCUACGACAUCAGCGAGGACCAGAUGCUCCAGGAGGCGAUUCUCAGCCCUACCAUGCAUCCUGACGACGCCUUCGGCCACUACUGGCCGCAGACGGACGGGCCGCACGUCCAGAAAAGGAAUCGUCUGCGGCUCAGUCGCCAGCACUCCUUCGACAACAUCAUGCUGGAGAAGCCCAAGGAGAUCGACUUGAACCGGCCGGCGCGCAGCGUCAGCCUCAAGGAGAAGGACCGCUUCCUGGAGGACAGCCCGUACGCCAACCUGUUCAACAUUAAAUCCGACAAACUGUUCGGGAGCAGGUCCAUGCUGUUCAACCACAACCUCGAGGAGAGCAAGCGCAGCAAGUCCCUUUACCCCGAUCACACCACGGACAACCCAUUCAUGCAGGCCGUGCGGGACGACGCACGCCUGGUCCACGGCAGGAGCUCCUCGGACAUUUACAAACAGUUGGCACCCAUCAAAACGAGGAACGAGAACAAUCUGAGGUCCUCCAUCAAAUCCACCACCUCAUACUGUUCCAGGGAUGGUCGAAUACCCAAUGACAUGUACAUUUCAGAGCAUGUGAUGCCUUAUGUAGCCAACAAACCCAGUGCAUACUCAGCUCCUCGGGUCCUCACUUCUUCUCAGUUCAGCAAUAGACGAGUGUAUAAGAAAAUACCUAGUCUCGAGUCAGACGUUUAAUGCUCUCUCUCUUUGUGUAGAUGAAAUAUUUAUUCACUUUAGGAUGCCAUAGUCGCCCACAUCUUUGAGACGAAAAACAGAAAACACGAACAAGUACCCUCGAGUACUUUCUCUCUCUCUCUUUUGCAGAUAUCACACUUUCAUGUAUCAGCAAGUCAUCCUGGAUAGUGCUUGCCAAAGGUUUUUUGGGCAUUUGUUUAGUCACCCUUUCAGGAAAACAAAUAUUUCCUGGGCUAAUCGUGGACGGCCAGUUAGUCAGGUGCGUAGUAGUCAGGCUGGGGAAAUUGGGCGAGGUCCAGAGUCGGGGGCCGCUGCUGUUGGCUGACCCUACAGCAUGUGUGUCGUUGACCCCGCCAAGGCCCAGACAGAUGGACUGCAGGGUUGAGGGGAGGAGGGGCAGAGCAGAGUGUAUCCUGAGGUCGCCAGCGUUUCAGGUAAAUCCCACCCUGCGCUGGCCUCUUCAGAGAACAGGGGUCGACGAGAGCAUACCCGAUUCAGCCUGGCGGGAUUUAGCGCUUUAAGAGCUGUUUACCGAAGUAAACCUGAGGCAAGCGAGGGGUGUACAUCGUUCAUGGCACUCAGAGCAAUGAAAGCAUAGCAUUGUUGCUUUUAUUCUUCUCUAUUACUAUAGAUUUUGGGAUUUUGGCAUUCUAAUCCCUAUUUAGACCUUUAGAAGUUUAGCUUAUGUGGUAGCACAAUAAUCAUUAGUUAUCCUCCCAUCUCUGCUUCUCAAAGCGUAUUUCUCGAUUACUGUCAGGAAUAGAUUAUUUUGCAUGUAUCCGUUUUUGUUUCCUUUCCUUUUGUUUCGUUAUUAGAAAUGAAAACUCACUCAUAUACUUACCGGAAGGUGAAUUUUUUUUGUUUGAAGGAUUUGAAAGGUGCUUGAAAGCUUGACCUGUACUAAGCAAAGUAAGCGGGUUUGACCUCGGUUAGCAUCGGAACACUUGAGACUUACAGCCCCGUGACCAUCUUCCUGGGAAUAUAUAUUUCGUUGAUUCACCAUCUGAAACAGGGUACUGACAAUUCCUACAGUGGAACUUUGUGUCUGACGCGUUCAUGCUUCGAUUUUGUUGCUUACACUGUGAAACCGAAUCCGAGCAUUUCUUCCAGAAAGACUGCUGUUUAUUAUGUUUUGUUUUUCUGGUUAUUUAUUUAUUCAUUUUUCUUGACGUGACUGAAUGAUGGGAAGGUCUACAAGUUGCUAUGUUCUCAACAUUUCUACAUUUCAGCAAGACAAUGCAUGUGAAAAAAACCUUGGGUAAGCUUGAAAUCUGAACCAGAACAUUUACGUUUUAACGGUCUUUUAAUUUCAUGUCCAUGUUCACGUUCGCGUUUUCAAAUCUUGUGCAGCGACCAGGCACAAAAAAAAUAAAAACCUCACGUUCUGUAGACGUAUUGUUCUCUAGUACCGCACGGCCGAUUUGAUUCGCAGCCAAAUCUGACUCGUGCGUCGAAAUCAAACAACUCAGGAUAGUUCUCCGUGGCGUAUGGGGCUUCGCUGCAGCACCCGAAGGCAAGCUCCAGUGCGUGUGCGUUGUGCUUAGCAUGCUAACUCAGUGGGUUUGUUCUUUCCCUCCUCUGUGCUGCAGUUGUUUACUCGUCCAAGGUCUUCCAGUGCCGUCACUUUCAUACAAGCGCUUGCGAAACAAACACAAUUAGACGUGAGGGAGAAAAACAGAGACAGAGAGAAAAAAAGGAAAGAGAGAGAGAAGCUUUCAGCAGCCAUGUGCAGCCCGAUCGAGCUUACAUUUGGCUCACGGAAGCCAAAAUGGAGGCGAGCAUUCGUUUCUUAUGCAGUUUUUCCAGUUAGAGAGAGAAAGCAAUCCGAGUGAAGGCAAUCAGACACUGAACACGCCAUGCAGCAUCGAGCUAAACUGAGCAUUACUGAGCAUCACUGCGGCUAAAGUGAGAGCUCUGUAAUGGACUAUUUGUUUAUUCAUAUUCAAGAGAGGCAACCUAAGGGCAUUUUAUGGAGACUUUAUGAAGAUUAUUUAUUUUCUAAUAAGUUUAACUCUUUGAUCAGCUUCCAAUGCUGCUGAUGUAGCAUUACCGAGUAGCAUCACAGCGUGUUUGGAGGAAAGUGAAGUGAUAUAGCUACAAAACAUCAGCUAAUAGACGUCAAAGAGUGAUAUGGGGAGAGAGCGCCAUCUACCCAUCCAGAGAGAGCAUGGCCAAUUGUGCUCUCUCGGACUCCGGCUGCUGAUGGCAAGCAGCAUGACUGGGAUUCGAACCAGCGAUCUCCUGUGGCGAUCAUAGUGGCUUCACGCCAUGGCACGUUCAGUGUAUGUUUGCCUUAGGACUGAGAUUAAGCUGAAAAGAGAACAGAAAACAGUAGACGACUGCUUGUGACGUUCUCUUCUGUUCUGUUCUGAAGUCACCCCCCCACCACCACUCCCUCUCCACCUCCAACCAACACUCUCGAGCGCUCUUUCUCUUCUUUCUCUGCUGCUUUCAUUUUUUUGAGCUUACCCAACGUGAGAUCCAACCUCACCUUAAGUAUCUAAUAUCUCAUUAUCUCGUUAUAUCAUGAACAUGAACAUGAACAACGUACUAUAUCAUAUUAAGUGCUGCUUGAAGAAGCUAAUGUGUAAGCAAUAUGCACAUGUAAAAUAUCAAUUAUCAAGGUCUUGUAACCAUGUAUGACAUUCAUAUUUCUUAUUUUCUUGUUUCGAUUUGAUAUAUUUCUUUGUUUCGUUUAUUUAUUUAUUUAUUUUUUGUUCGUUGAUCUUGACUGAUUUUACACCCUUCUAAUAACCCCCCACUCCUUACGAAAAAUGUAUUUUGAUUACAUGAAAAAUAAUACUAGUGGCAUGCAACCCAAAUGUAACGCUUUAUAUGCUUUUGUUAUGAUGUUAUGAUCACAAACUUUUUUGUACAAACAGGGUGAAAAUAUAUAGCGUAGGUGUGGGAAAAACGACGCAAUCACGGUCAUUAUGACGCUGCUGUCUCGGAGGAUGAAAAAAAAAAUAUUGAAACAAAACAACGCGAGGUGUUUACCUGCGGCCCUACCGUCCUGUUUACGACGUCUGUUCGUCUGCAAAAAACAGACAAAAAAAAAAAACGAAAAAAAAAACAUGGCUAUGUUCUCCCCCUCUUCGUCUCUGCCGAAAGGCGAAUGACCUCGCUCGUUUUUUUCCCCUCCACCUGCAGGUGAACAGCAUCACCAGCUCCGCCUCCUGUCUUGCUCUUCUCACCUGUCUCACCUGUAGCCACACUCAAAACCUGUAAAGAAGAAAACGAAACAAAAACA